CUGUUAUCUCCCCUCGAUUCACUAUAAUAAGGCCUAUGAUACAGUUAGAAGCGGUAGUACCUUCAGAAUCCACUUCGUGUUUUCCUUCACACACUGCUACACACCAUCACACCACAGCGCUCAGGCCUCUAACAACUGUCUGCUACAUUUACAACGAAACUCAACCAACACCUUCGGCUACUCACAAGUGAAGUUUACUCAUUCUAGCUGAUCCCUGCAGAGAGGCUGAUCUUAACACCUGGCUGGACAGCGCCCGGGAUGUCAGUCUUCACUUCUUUAUCAACUGCAGGCUGGUGGCGUUAACCCUCCCACAUACCUCAGCCAGCCAACCAGUCGGCCUUUGUUUACCUGCUUCACAGGUAGGAGGUGAGAAGGGGGCAGGGCCAUCCCGGAGGGAGGAGGGAUGCCUGUGGAGGGUGGAAGCAGCAGCGGCUCAACAUCGGCUGCCCGUCACCCCAAGCAAAAACGCAAAGCUCACAGUUUGUCCAUCCGGCGCACCAACAGUACAGAGGACCGGCCGGCCGGUAUCCAAAGAGGAGACAUGCUGGAGGGACAGGACUCCAAACUGCCCCUGUCCUUGCGGAAUAAUCUUCUUGACCUGUUUGGCCAGAUUGAACGCGAGUUUGAAAACCUCUACAUAGAAAACCUUGAAUUACGCCGCGAAGUUGACUCCCUGAAUGAACGUCUGACUGGAGAUGGACAGACUAUUGAGGGAGGGGACCCCACCAAGGGAGCCCUAAAGACAAAAGCCAGCCACAGCACCAGUCAACUUUCACAGAAGCUAAAGACAACUUACAAAGCCUCAACCAGCAAGAUUGUCUCGAGUUUCAAAGCAACCACAGGUUUCCGAGCUUUGUGCCAACUGCUAAAGGAGUACAUGGGCCACCGGGAUGGGAUCUGGGACCUCAGUGUAACCCGAACUCAGCCAGUGGUCCUGGGCACAGCAUCUGCAGACCACUCAGCCCUGCUUUGGAGUAUAGAAACUGGAAAAUGCCUCCUGAGGUAUGCUGGUCAUGCAGGAUCAGUCAACUCCAUCAAGUUCCAUCCUACAGAACAGAUUGCCCUCACAGCCUCUGGGGACCAGACAGCUCACAUUUGGCGUUACAUGGUGCAACUUCCUGCUCCACAGCCACCAGCAGAUGUCAGUGCUCCGUGUGACGAUGACCAGGAGUUGUCCGACAAAGAGGAAGGUGAGGCAGAUGGUGAAGGGCCUUGUGAGGUUCCCACCAUCCGAGUCGCCACAGCAACCCUGAAAAGCCACCAGGGCGUAGUGAUCGCAGCCGAUUGGCUGGUUGGAGGUCGACAGGUGGUGACAGCUUCCUGGGACCGAGCAGCCAACCUGUACGAGGUGGAGACGUCUGAACUGGUUCACACCCUCACCGGACAUGACCAGGAACUGACCCACUGCUGUACCCACCCCACCCAGCGGCUGGUGGUCACCUCAUCCAGAGACACCACCUUCAGACUGUGGGACUUCAGGGACCCGUCCAUCCACUCCGUCAAUGUCUUCCAGGGACACACUGACACGGUGACAUCAGCUGUGUUCACAGUAGGUGACAAUGUGGUUUCAGGAAGUGACGACCGCACUGUUAAGGUCUGGGAUUUGAAGAACAUGAGGUCGCCAAUAGCAACCAUCCGCACUGACUCAGCUGUCAACAGGAUAAGUGUCUCUGCCAACCAGAAGAUCAUCGCUCUGCCACACGACAAUCGACAAGUCCGACUGUUUGAUGUGAAUGGUGUGAGACUGGCCAGGCUCCCUCGUAGCAACAGGAUGGGCCACAGGCGGAUGGUGUGUUGCACAGCGUGGAACGAGGAGAACCAGUCAUGUAACCUGUUCACCUGUGGUUUUGACCGCCAGGCCAUUGGCUGGAACAUCAACAUCCCCGCUCUGCUGCAGGAGAAGUGAAGCGGCUUCCACAAUCCAUCCGUGUACAUAGGACAGCACCUGUCACCCUGUAGCCUCCUAAAUCCAGAUGUGAAGUGUUCCUCCACAUUGUCACAUUUUAGUAGUGACAUUCUCACAGCUUCCUAGAUGCUGAGUCUAAAGGUGUGAAAUCCCUUGUUCAUUAUCACACUGUGUCCAGAUUGUGUCUGUGCUUGUGCACAUCCACAGAGAAAACCCAGC